CAACGGUAUUCAAAUGCUGGCUUUUAUUUUGAAGGUUUUGUCAUUGCUAUAGGAAAAUGAUGUCAUAAUUUGUGCUGCUGGCAGAAUAGUAGUGCAGAGGUUAGAAAAGGGAAACAAUACAGUUAUCGUCAUCAUGGCAGACCCUUGGAAAGAGUGCAUGGACCACUGCCUUGAGGUGACCAAAGAGGCUGGGAAGAUGAUCCAAGAAGCGUUGCAGAAGGACAUCUCCAUCAUGCAGAAGAGCUCUCCUGUGGACCUGGUCACUGAGACCGAUCAGAAGGUGGAGCAGCUCAUCAUCUCCUCCAUCAAGGAGAAGUUUCCCACACACAGUUUUAUAGGUGAAGAGUCUGUAGCGGCGGGAGCAACCAGCAACCUAACUGAUAAUCCCACCUGGAUCAUCGACCCCAUUGAUGGGACCACCAACUUUGUCCACAGAUUCCCCUUUGUCUCUAUGUCGAUUGGUUUUGCUGUGAAGAAAGAGAUAGAGUUUGGCAUUGUCUACAGCUGCCAAGAGGGCAAGAUGUACACAGCACGGAAGGGGAAAGGGUCAUUCUGUAAUGGAGAACCCAUCAAAGUGUCUGGGCAGGAAGACAUCACCAAGUCCUUGGUCCUGACAGAGAUGGGCUUUAAGAAGGAUCCAGAGCACUUCAAAACCAUGAUGGGCAACAUCGAGACAAUCCUCACCAUCCCUGUGCACGGCAUCCGCUCGCCGGGUAGUGCGGCAGUCAACAUGUGCCUGGUGGCGUGCGGAGCGGCUGAUGCCUACUACCACAUGGGCAUACACUGCUGGGACAUGGCUGGAGGAGCUGCCAUCAUUAGAGAGGCUGGGGGUGUCAUCAUGGACAUCUCAGGAGGCCCAUUUGACCUGAUGUCCAGGAGGCUGAUCAUUGCCAGCAGCAGAACCAUCGCAGAGCGCAUCUCCCAGGUGAUAAAAGCAUUCCCUGUAGGAAGGGACGACAUCGAGGGAUAGAGUACCAUCACACACACACACAUGCAUGCACAGAGGGACUGACACAUGGCUGCAGGUGCAUGCGCACCCAGCAGAACACACAUACACAUGUUUAGAUUAGUCAGGUCAAGAUCCUCUCUGCGCCUUAAUUGUUAAACUGGUGGUAUUAACCUUUCUCUGAAUGCACCUCAGUGGAUUUGCAAAAACCUAUCAAUGAAGACCAACUUUAUUCAUUUAAUUGACUGUUUGCCCCUCAAGGGCUUUGACUUGCAUCUCAUUUUUUGGGGGCAUUUAAGUGAGAACAAGAUUAGAAAAUGUGGUCAUUGUAGACCAAGACAUUUUCUGUCUCAAUCAUACACCACAUGGCCAAAGGUAUGUAGACAUACCUUCAAAUUUGUGGAUUUGUUUAUUUUAGCCACACUCAUUGCUGACAAGUGUUUAAAAUCAAGCACACAGCCAUGCAAUCUCUAUAGACAAAUAUUGGCAGUAAAAUGGCCUUACUGAAGAGCUCAGUGACUUUCAACGUGGCACUGUCAUAGGAUGCCAUCUUUCCAAUAAGUUAGUUUGUCAGAUUUAUGCUCUGCUAGAGCUGCCCAGGUCAACUGUAAUUGCUGUUAUUGUGAAGUGGAAACGUCUAGGAACAACAACGGCUCAGCCGCGAAGUGGUAGGCCGCACAAGCUCACAGAACAGGACCGCUGAAGCACGUAGCGCGUACAAAUCAUCUGUCUUCAGUUGCAAUACUCACUACUGAGUUCCAAACUGCCUCUGGAAGCAACUUCAGCACAAUAACUGUUCGUCAGGGGAGCAUCAUGAAAUAGGUUUCCAUGGCAGAGCAGCCACAACACUAGCUUCAGAUCACCAUGCGCAAUGCCAAGCGUCGGCUAGAGUGGUGUAAAGCUUGCCGCCAUUGGACUCUGGAGUAGUGGAAAUGUGUUCUCUCGAGUGAUGAAACACGCUUCACCAUCUGUCAAUCCGAUGGAUGAAUCUGGGUUUGGCGGAUUCCAGGAUAACGAUACCUGCACCAAUGCCUUAUGCCAACUGUAAAGUUUGGUGGAAGAUUAAUAAUGGUCUGUGGCUGUUUUUCAUGGUUUGGGCUAGGCCCCUUAGUUCCAGUAAAUGGAAAUCUUAACGCUACAGCAUACAAUGACAUUCUAGACAAUUCUGUGCUUCCUGUUUCUGCAUGACAAUGCCCCCAUGCACAAAGCGGGGUCCAUAUAGAAAUGGUUUGCCGAGAUGAGUGUGGACAAAAAUGACUGGCCUGAACAGAGCCCUGACAUCAACCCCAUCGGAAACCUUUGGGAUGAAUUGGAAUGCAGACUGCUAGUCCGGCCUAAUCGCCCAACAUCAGUGCAUGACCUAACUAAUGCUCUUGUAGCUGAAUGGAAGCCAGUCCCUGCUGAAAUGUUCCAACAUCUAGUGGAAAGCCUUCCCAGCUGAGUGGAGGCUGUUAUAGCAUCAAAGAGGGAACAACUCCAUAUUAAUGGCCAUGAUUUUGGAAUGAAAUGUUCAACGAGCAGGUUCUCCACAUACUUUUGGUCAUGUGUAAGUUGAAUAUUUUAAGUAACUGUAUUAUAACUUGAACAAAUAACACAAACCUCAGCAGUAUAUAGCUUCCUUGACUGAUUUAGAAUCUUGAGUUACAAAGACAUCCAUUGACUUUCCACAAAAUAUAUAGGGAAAUCUGUAUUUAUUUAGAUCUGAAUUGUAAUGAAUUAUUUUCCUACUCUACUACAGUGCUAAAUACUUUAUAUGUUAUGUACUGUGAGGUAUAUUUAUUUAUUGCAGGUAUUGGUAUAAUAUGUUAAAGCUUUCGCAAAUAACUUGUUACCCACAUUUAUUAUUUUACAAACCUCUCAUAUUUGGAGUGACCAUACAUUGAAGCCUCACUCCCAGAGAACAUAACAUGUUGGUUAGCUACAGUGGGGCAAAAAAGUAUUUAGUCAGCCACCAAUUGUGCAAGUUCUCCCACUUAAAAAGAUGAGAGGCCUGUAAUUUUCAUCAUAGGUACACUUCAAUUAUGACAGACAAAAUGAGAAAAAAAAUCCAGAAAAUCACGUUGUAGGAUUUUUUAUGAAUUUAUUUGCAAAUUAUGGUGGAAAAUAAGUAUUUGGUCAAUAACAAAAGUUUCUCAAUACUUUGUUAUAUACCCUUUGUUGGCAAUGACAGAGGUCAAACGUUUUCUGUAAGUAUUCACAAGGUUUUCACACACUGUUGCUGGUAUUUUGGCCCAUUCCUCCAUGCAGAUCUCCUCUAGAGCUGUGAUGUUUUGGGGCUGUUGCUCCCUCCAAAGAUUUUCUAUUGGGUUGAGAUCUGGAGACUGGCUAGGCCACUCCAGGACCUUGAAAUGCUUCUUACGAAGCCACUCCUUCGUUGCCCGGGCGGUGUGUUUGGGAUCAUGGUCAUGCUGAAAGACCCAGCCACGUUUCAGCCCUUGCUGAUGGAAGGAGGUUUUCACUCAAAAUCUCACGACACAUGGCCCCAUUCAUUCUUUGCUUUACACGGAUCAGUCGUCCUGGUCCCUUUGCAGAAUAACAGCCCCAAAGCAUGAUGUUUCCACCCCCAUGCUUCACAGUAGGUAUGGUGUUCUUUGGAUGCAACUCAGCAUUCUUUGUCCUCCAAACACGACAAGUUGAGUUUUUACCAAAAAGUUAUAUUUUGGUUUCAUCUGACCAUAUGACAUUCUCCCAAUCUUCUUCUGGAUCAUCCAAAUGCUCUCUAGCAAACUUCAGACGGGCCUGGACAUGUACUGGCUUAAACAGGGGGACACGUCUGGCACUGCAGGAUUUGAGUCCCUGGCGGCGUAGUGUGUUACUGAUGGUAGGCUUUGUUACUUUGGUCCCAGCUCUCUGCAGGUCAUUCACUAGGUCCCCCCGUGUGGUUCUGGGAUUUUUGCUCACCGUUCUUGUAAUCAUUUUGACCCCAUGGGGUGAGAUCUUGUGUGGAGCCCCAGAUCGAGGGAGAUUAUCAGUGGUCUUGUAUGUCUUCCAUUUCCUAAUAAUUGCUCCCACAGUUGAUUUAUUCAAACCAAGCUGCUUACCUAUUGCAGAUUCAGUCUUCCCAGCCUGGUGCAGGUCUACAAUUUUGUUUCUGGUGUCCUUUGACAGCUCUUUGGUCUUGGCCAUAGUGGAGUUUGGAGUGUGACUGUUUGAGGUUGUGGACAGGUGUCUUUUAUACUGAUAACAAGUUCAAACCGGUGCCAUUAAUACAGGUAACGAGUGGAGGACAGAGGAGCCUCUUAAUGAAGAAGUUACAGGUCUGUGAGAGCCAGAAAUCUUGCUUGUUUGAAGGUGACCAAAUACUUAUUUUCCACCAUAAUUUGCAAAUAAAUUCAUAAAAAAUCCUACAAUGUGAUUUUCUGGAUUUUUUUCCUAAUUUUGUCUGUCAUAGUUGAAGUGUACCUAUGAUGAAAAUUACAGGCCUCUCUCAUAUUUUUAAGUGGGAGAACUUGCACAAUUGGUGGAUGACUAAAUACUUUUUUGCCCCACUGUACCUGACGUUAGUUGAUAAGCCAUAAAGAGUAUUGCAGAUAUCUUACUAUGAGUGUAGCUUUGUAUGAUUUAGUGACUAAAUAAAGACAUGUUUUGAGAAGUGAUGUUCUGUAAUGUUUUCUUAGGCUAUAUGAAGAGGGAAGUAAAAAGAAAAAGCAAUUUCAUUUCUAUACUAAUAAUGAUAUUGCCACACAUGUCUUUAUGAAUAACUGAUGGAUAUAGUGUUUUUGUAUUUUGUUCCUUAUGUAGUCGCUGUUGUCUGUGCUAACAGCGAGGUGGAAAAAACAUAAAUCGGUCAUUUAAAAAAGCCAAUGCCCAAACAGGAAAGUCACAAGAGAUGAGAAUAUAUAGCAAUGGUUAGUUUCACAGGGGAAGGCUAAGAAUCACGUUGUCUGCCUGAACUGUCGCCUGAUAAAAACAAUUUGUUUUACAGACAACCUGAGGAUAGAAGGUCUUGAUAAUAAUCUCUUUGAAGUAGGUUUAUAUGUAAUUAUUUUGGAAUGUUUUGUCAAGGGUCUACAUUAUUUUAUAAAGAACAUACAUUCACACCAA